UCCAUAUUUUCAAGGUCGGAUUGCAGAUUUUAAUCCAUGGCCGACGCAACCUACUUCAAAACAAACCGUCCCUCAUCCGAAAGUUUCUUCCUGUUCGUCCUUCUCGAUUGAAUGCCUCGUCGAAAAACAAACCAGGAUUUCGACAUAUACAUCGACCAAUCCUGUCAAAACACACCGAUGUGUGAAGAAGGUCCUCAGUCGCAAACGACAGAAGCAGUAGAUAUCAACACUACCUCAUCAGAACAAGACUCGAUCGGAACAAACCAGAACCAUACCGAACAAGACAUUUCCGAGACAGUGGAUGGUUCAAACGUGAACCAAGAAUCGAUUGAUAACGGCGCAUGUGCAAUUGAAGAAGAAAAUAUGACAGAUGAUCCUAAUCGAGAAUCGGAUGUCCGUCAAAGCAUAGAGAUCGAUCGUAACGAAGCGAAUAGUGAAGAUCCAGAGCAAGCUGGCCAUCCCGAACAAAAUAACGAAGAGCACGAAGAUGUUGAAGAUGGCUCUAUGAUAAGCGAUACGACCGAUAACUCCAAUUAUCAAACUCGAGAAGAGAAUACCUAUCCGGAUCGCUCUGAAUUUGCUACAUAUCGUGCCCCUCAUGUCGAUGACGGUGACGGUAGUAGUUCUCAUCACGAAGCUACAGACGAAGACGUAUUUAGUGACAAGAGUCCACGCAGCUCUUUAGGGUCUUAUGACGGUAUUCCCGAGCCUGGUAAGACGCACAGAGAUUCCGAUAAUAUGACAACCGUUAUUCGAUCGCCCCGGAUCUCCGACAUUUCUCAAUACGAAAGAGAAUACGAAAAGAAGGAGUUUAUCCCAACGGUUAGAGGAACACCUCGUCCACCAUUCCGUACACCCUCUGACGUCCGCGCGAUGCAGAUGUCUUCACCUCCACCUUCGGUCCUUGGGUCACCAAGAUCUGCCAAGAGGCAAUUCCCGACUGUAUCUCGUUUAGGGACGCCCAAUGCUUCUGCACAGUACUCGCCAAAGAUGAUGUCUACUCCGUCGCGAUUCAAGGGAAGGAAAGAGGCACCGCUUGUAUUACUCCACGUCACUCUUCUACCGUUGAGGUGGGAGUGGGGUGAUCUUCUCAAUAACCUUGAGAUGGAUGACCUAAGCGAUCAGGUAAAAGCCCUACAAGAAUCAUGGCGAAUUCUCAAAGAUCGUGUCGACGAUACCAUAAUUGAGAGAGGUGUAUUGUUGGGUCAUCCCCAAAGUGAUUAUGAGGUUCUCGAGGAACGUCUACUCGAAACUUUGGAGUUACCUCAUCACCGACGAGCCCGGAUCUUGGAAUGUGGCCAUUAUCUUGGUCCAGCCAACGAAACUGCCUUAACCGAAGGGGAAGAAAGUGAGGACGAAUGGGAUGCGGAACGAACAAAAUCCAUCGAAAAACAUUACUGGUGCAGUACCUGUAAGAACGAGAUUCGAUAUGAUUCUCUUGGUUCUAAGAAAAUCUUCCGGGUCAAGGUGUACGCUUCGAACGGAUUGAUGAAGACCGGCGCCUGGGAGGUAUGUUGGAAGGAGAUGGAGCGUGUAGAUGUUGAAUUGGAGCCUAUGGUCGAACCCGCCUUACAAGAAGAAUUGGUUCGACUUGCUGCAAUUCAUCAGGAACGUGAAUUCGCACAGCAAGAAGAAGCCGAUAUUGCUAAAGAGGUAGCCGAACAGAUGGAGCAAGAACAUCGAAAAGAGCAGGAAGAUCUGUUGAACUCGCAUUACGAUACCUUUUCACCUCCACCCGAGCGAGUUGGAUCAUCCAUGUCGGCAGAUAUCUCUCCAGGAAAACGUCGACAACGAGACGAGGAAAGACUUCGUGAAAUUUAUGGCCAUACACCACCUCCUCAGUCGCCCACGCGAUCUCAAUUUAGAGAGCCGUCUGUUCAUUCUCGUUCUCAUCGUCAACGAGACUCAUAUAUCCCAUCCCCUUCUCCAUCUCCAUCUACAUAUACAUCAAAACACCCGGAAGAAAGUUACGAACAUGGAUCACAGCAAGGCACUUAUCAGAAUGCAUCCCUCCCAGAACUUAUGUUGCAAUCUAUAAGAGUCUUGAUGCAAGAUCGCAAGAAUAUCAUCAUCUUUACUCUUAGUAUUUUCGUUCUUAUGCUAGCUCUUCGAAAUGCUCCUGCCCCUUCUGAACCUACUUAUGAACCGGUCAUCCACAGAAUAAGAGAUAUGCCUGUUGUACGACGUACCCAAGCUCAGUCGCAGAUCCACGAUAUUCCUCAGGUUCCUAUAGCUCAGAUGAAAGUUCCGAUCGUGGAAUCCUUUACGGCAGCUUCUAUUUGUGACCAAUCUUCGAGUGUGACGUCUCAAGAACAUACCCCGUCGGUCAAACCUAUUGCGGCUACAUCGGAUUAUCAAGAGUUACCCGAUGCAAUCCACCAUACACCCAUCGUCGAACCUAUGUCGACCUCGGAAGAUUCCUUUCAACAAGAAACCAACUUCGAGCCGAUGGUGGACGAACCAAAGAACCAAGAACCUUCCGAGUCUAUGCUUCAAUACAGUACCUCCAUCGUUGAUACCCCGACUACCACAGAGUACUUUCAAGAAUCCUCCACACCAGCUGUCGAGGAAGAAGAGCUCAACGAUGAAACCACGGAUGCCAUACCCAACGAGGAGGAGUCCAUAUACAUAUCGCAACCUGACGAGGUAGAAGAGAGCAUUGCAGAGUUAGCAACUGUGUCCACCGUCUACGAGCCAUGCAACACGCGAGCUUCCCAAGGAAGUUUUUAUGCUGCGACAUUGGAAGAGACGGAAACGGAAACUGUAACGGAAAAGAAAGUUGUCCGAGUUUUUCAUACGGUUACAGAAACGGAGGUAGAAACCUCUACCGCAACUAUCAAAGUUGCCCCUACUGAUCUUGCAAGCAAGCAAGACAUGCCUUCAACAAUUCCGGAAGAGACUUCUGAAGAUCCUCAAGAAUCGGAGUCGGAAGAGCCGGUAACCGCUGAAGCUGUUACUGACGUGGAUUUGUAGUGAAGUGACGCUGAAGCUUCUAUGAGCCAAUGUGUGAGUUGUGAUGAAUGAGUACAUACCUUAUGUAAUGGGACAGGAUGGAUUACGUCGAUGUUUCUUUUUCACUCGUUUUUAAAGGUUUUAAUCAUCGUACUGCGUGGAAGGAUGGAA